AUGGCUGCAAGAUUACCUGAAAUCACAACUUUUACGGGACAUCCAAUGUUGGGAGUAACAUUACCACCUCCUCCUCCCCCACCUCUUCCUCCACCUCCUCCUCCCCCUCCCCCUCCUCCUCCACCGUCUUCAAUGACUCAUGACAGAAGUACUCAACCAGAAUACAAUGUAUACAGACCGCAUUUCCCUUCUGUUAUACAAAGAGAGCCCUAUGUGAUUCCACAUAACAAACCCCCACAAUUGCCCACUAAGGAGGCUUGUGGUACUCAAGGAUUACCUCCUCCAGCAGCUUUUAAACGACCAACAGUAAAUGACAGUUUAGCAUCAACCAAAAAGAUGAAAAUUGAAGGACAAGAUGAUGAAACUGAAGCAAAUGUUUCUGUUUGUACCACUGAAGAUAGUGUUGUGCCUAAUACUUCUGACGUAGUGUCAAAAGGCAAACCUGUACCUGGUGAUACUUUACAACAAAUUAAAGAUCCAUCUCUUCCAAAAGAACUCACAAAAUUAUUUGGGGCAUUAAAGUGUGAUUUGUGUAGUGUUACUGUGAAUUCUACAAUUCAGGCAAGGAUGCAUUAUAUCGGAAAACAACAUGAAAAGAAAGUCAAUGCAUAUUUGAUCAAAUGGUGUAAAGAAACAGGGCAACCUAUGCCAAAUGUCAAUUUUGGCCCCACAAAGAAUAAAAAACCAUCAAAUCCUGAUGAUCUGUUUUGUAAAGUUUGCAAUAUUGCUUUGACAUCUAUCCAACAUGCUCAACAGCAUUAUAUGGGUCGCAAUCACUUACGAGUCCUAAAUGGUCAUACACCUCUUAAACCUGGUUACUUCAAUAAAGAUACUGGCAAAUGGCAGAGGUUACCACAAUUUGAAAAAAGUGACCCUACUGGCAGAUUUGGAAUAGGAGUUGCCUUUAUACCAGAGACUGCCAGAAUUAUUAAUGAUUCAGAGCCAUCAACAUCAACAAACAUCACAGACACAAAACUUCAUCCAAAGAACCGAAGAUUCUUUUGUGAAUUGUGUCAAGUAGCUACCACUUCCCAGGAUCAGUUGGAUAUGCAUUUGAAAGGUGCUAAGCACAGGAAAUCUGAAAGACUUGCUGCCUCCAGUGGGAACACAAUGCAGAACAAUCAACCAAGUAUACCUCUUCCCAGUACCCCAUCAGACUCUAUUUUGGCCAGUGUAAUGAGAACAAAUAAAAUUGAUAAAAACAAAUCUGGGAUCAAGGAUUAUUCCAUCUACAGAACACCAUCUGGACAAUUCUAUUGCCAGCCUUGUAAUUUGACGUUAAAUUCAGAAUCUCAAUUUUCCCAACAUUGUGAAAGUCGAAAACACAAAUUGGCAAUGUUAAAAAAGCCUAUGAAUAAGGGCUUAGGGAGAGGCAGUAUGAAUUUAAAAUGA